UAAUUAUGGGAAGAACUAAUGAAUUAACAACCGAAAAACGUGCUCAGAUUGUUAUUCUACGUGAACAAGAAUUGACACUGACUUCUAUUGCUUCACGUUUUAAUGUAACCCAUAGCUGUAUCAUAAAAACAUUGAAGCGAUAUCAUGACACUGGUAAUUUUAAAAGUAAAGCUAGAGCUGGACGACCAAAGGUGACUACUCAAAGGGCAGAUAAUCGCAUCCAUCGUUAUGCAAAAGCAUAUCCGUUUGCCAGUGCUUCUGAAAUUUCAUCUGAGGUAUUCCCCACUGGUGUUGCACCAAGUGUUGUGACCAUUAGAAGACGUUUGUGCAAACAAUUUCAUUUAACGAGCCAUGUUCCAGCAAAAAAACCUUGCCUUUCUCCAAAAAAUAUUAGAGAUCGUAUUGCCUUCUGUCAGAAAUACAAGGACUGGUCAGCAGAAGAUUGGGAGAAUGUAAUAUUUAGCGACGAAUCAUUAAUUGAACAAUUUGGUUGUCAUUCUACAAGCGUUAGACACCCGCCUUGCCAACGAUACAACCCCAAAUAUUUGAUUUUAACUGUAAAACAUUGCCCUAAAAUCAUGAUAUGGGGUGCCAUUACAGCCAAUCAAAGUGGUGGUUUAUGGUUUAUGCCUCCUAACACCACAAUAAAUGGCAUAAUUUAUCUUGAAAUACUUCAAGAAAAACUUAAAAUAUUCAUGAACAUCACAAAUACCCAAAAGUUUCAGAAUGACGGAGCACCCUGUCACAGGGCCAAGCUUGUAAGCAGUUGGUUACUUGAGAAUGGAGUUGAAGUCAUUGGCCCCUGGCCUGGUAAUUCACCGGACCUCAAUCCCAUUGAAAACUGCUGGAAUCAUCUUAAAAACGAAGUCCAGAAACUUAGACCAUCAUCUUUCGAUGAUCUACAAGAAAAAAUUAGACAGAUCUUCUUACAUUGACAAAGUAAAUACCUUGCUUGAGAAGCUUGAAAAUGCAAUAGAUGAGUGUCAAGUUUUUGAACUUGAAUCUGAAGUGCUAUCCAGCUUGCAAAUGUUCAAGGGCACCUUUAAUGGUUCAAGACCCAAGCUAUCAUUAUAUAUCCAAUUUUGGAAUGUGUUAAAGAAAAUUUGCCAGUGUAAGAAUUUCAGAAUACUUAAAGAGUCCAUAGUGCUUUUAAAAGAUUCAUUUUGCAGUUGUCCACUAACUCGUCAGUUUAUUACAAGCUUAUUUGAUAUGGGUCUGAUGCUUCUAAAACUUUUGAUCAAGUUUGUUGAUUCUGAAUUAAAACUAAUUCUUGUUGAUGCAUGUAAUAUGAUAUUUAUGAGACUGUAUUAUCAUUAUUUGAUUGGAGAUCUAACUGAGGAGUUUAAUCUUGCAUUGAAUGAUUUAAAUUUGUUAAAUAAAGAUAUUUAUGUUUUGGUAAAGGAUUACAAAGACUUAAAUUAUAAAAAGUAUGAAGAUAUAGAUCUCUUGAAUCUUCCAAAUAUUAUAUCUGAGAUAGGACAAACAGAUAAUUCGUGGAAAAAUAAUGAACCAAAAAAGCUUAACCCAUUUUUACUCCAUUGUCUUCACUUAUGGAAGAUUGUGUCAAGAAAAGCUAGAUUAAACUUGAAUGAUUUUUUACAUUUCAAAGAAGAAAAUCUAUCUAGUAUUGCCUAUGACAGCAAGAACUGGUUACACUAUGCAUUAGCAUUUGAAAUUUUAAGCGAGUGUGCUAUCAUAAAUCUCAAGUGCCUAAAGAUUUAUUUACAGCUUGGAUCUAAAUGUGGUUAUUUUUCAUCUAUUAACAAAGCUAAGAAGCUUUUAAAUACCCUAUCAGUUGGAAAUUUAUUUUCAAAAGAAAAAGAAUCUCUCUGUUUUGUUAAAAAUGGUGAUUUAAGUGUUUCUACAAGUCCUAAGUAUUGCGAUGGUAUUGGUAUUAGAUGGAGUCAUUUUACGAUAGCAUUUUAUCUAAAGUGCUUAAGCAAAGUUUGUAUAGCUGGUAUUACUACUGAUCAUCAAAAGUUAUCAUUAUUUGGUGGAAAGCACUAUUUUGGUUUAAUAGACUAUUUAGAUUGUGAUUCAGAUACCAGACUUCAAAAGAAUGCUUAUAAUCUGUUAAAGUUUAUUUAUUUAUCUGUUGAAAGUAACCAUGUGAAUGAGGUCUUAAAAAAUGAAAUUUUUCAAAAGUUAGAAGAAUUCAAAGAAUAUUCAACCAAUGAUCUCAUGGUUAUGGUUCCUAUAAACCAGCAUCUAAAUCGUAUUCUGUUCACAAAUAUUGCUACAAAUUUAUCGAUAAUUCAAUUUGUCACAAACACUUCAAAAGCUCAACCUCGUACUCAAGCCAAGCCUAAUAUACAAAUUACCAAACGAUUAGAAAACUUGUCUGUAAAGUAUAUCUCACCUGUAAAACAACGGACAUCCAUUUUUAUUGGUCCUAACUUGCAUACCUUCGUUAAACGCAUGGCGCCAGAGUUAAAAAAUGUGGUAGCAGACCAAUAUAUAAAAGAGUUGAUGCAAGAAGAUGCUUUGAGAGAGGAGUAUGUUUUAAAAAAAAAAACGAAACAAAAGAGCCGGAGAAUGCAUAAUAUUUGAAAAAAAAAUUGUUGUUUACUUUGAUAGUUUUAAUUAGUGUUAGUGAAAAACUUAUAUAUUUAUAAUCUUGUUAAAGAUAACAUAUAAAAUCUUUACUAA